AUGAGGUCGAGGAUAUGUGUGAAGAAUCUCCCAAAAUAUGUGAGGGAGGAUCGACUACGAGAAUUCUUUUCUGAAAAGGGAGAAAUCACUGACGUCAAGCUUAUACGUACCAAGGAAGGUAAGAGUCGCCGAUUUGGUUUUAUUGGAUUUCGUACAGAGCAUGAAGCUCAGGAAGCUAUUGAUUAUUUCAAUGGGACUUGCCUUGACACACAAAAAAUAACUUGUGAGGUGGCUCAAAAACUUGGUGAUCCAAGUCUUCCUCAGCCAUGGAGUCGAUAUUCAAAACAGAAAGACAAUAAAGGGACCACCCCAUCUAAUGUGAACAAACAUAAGAUGCCAAGGAUAAUAAAGACAACAAGGAGUCGAUAUGUGAAGGAACAUUCUGGAGCUAAAGGACAAGGAGAAGAUUCCAAGGACGUUGUUGAUAUUGAUGACCAACAGCUUAAAGAUUUUCUUCAGGUCAUGGAGCCUCGGGCUAAGUCUAAACUGUGGGCAAAUGAUACAUCAGUUGUAUCCAGUGUUGGCAACCAUCAAGCAAUAUCAAAUAAGGAUAACAAGGGUACAUCGGCUGCGAACCAUCGCGUCUUACAUCAAAGUGCAUUAGAAGAUGGCUUUCCAAAUAAUCCUGAACCCAACAAGUCACGGGAUCUUGAACAUGAUGAAGUCAUUUCUGAUAUGGACUAUUUCAAGCGUAGAGUGACAGAGAAGUGGUCUGAUUCUGGAAGUAGUGAUGAUGAAGAUGAUAAUGACAACAAUGAUUCGGUAUGCAUUGAUGAUCACGGCAAAGACAAUCAUAGUCAUGUUAAUGAAGAUGAAGAAAAUUGUGAUAAUAAAUCUUCCAAAAGAACCGGAAGAAAUGAUGCUCAACAGUUAGACCUGGAGGGCCAAGAAGAUACUUCUGGAGAGGAUGUUGACCAUGAAAAGGCUCAAGUGAAUGCAACUGAGCAAGGGGGCCAAGUUUCAAAUUCAGAAGAUGAGAAAGGAGUUUUUGAGCCCUGCCGACUGUUUGUCCAUAAUCUGCCAUAUAUGACCACUGAGGCUGAACUGGAAGAGCAUUUCAGUCGGUAUGGUAGUGUAUCACAGGUUCAUCUAGUUGUUGAUAAAGAUACUAAACGAUCCAAAGGAAUAGCGUAUAUUCUUUUUUCACUUCCAGAAUUUGCAUCUAGGGCGCUCGCGCUAGAAAAAAAAAAUCCAAUCUUUCAAGGAAGAUUGAUGCAUGUUAAGCCAGCCAAACAAAGACCUUCAAACUAUGAUGGGAACAAUGUUUCAAAGGAUCAAAGAACUAAAACUCUCAAACAACGGAGAGAGGAAGAGAGGAAGUUGACUGAAGCCAGUGGAGAUACCAAAGCAUGGAAUAGUUCGUUCAUGCGCCCUGAUACAGUUGUGGAAUACAUUGCCCGGAAAUAUGGUGUCAGUAAAAGUGAUUUACUUGACGUAGAAGCUGAUGAUCUUGCUGUACGUAUUGCUCUGGGAGAAACUCAAGUGAUUUUAGAGAGAAAAAAGGCAUUUACAAAUGCCGGAGUGAAUGUGGAGUCUUUGGAGGAACUUGCAAAUGGAAAAGUUGACGGCUUAAAAAGAAGUAACCAUGUGAUUUUAGUGAAGAACUUGCAUUACGGUUCUACAAAAAAUGAACUUGCAAAGAAGUUUGGGAAAUUCGGUAAUUUGGACAAAAUAAAUCUCCCUCCCACAAAGACAUUGGCCCUGGUUGUUUUCCUUGAACCAGCGAACGCUCAAGCAGCUUUUAAACAUUUACGUUACACGCGUUACAAGGAUGCUCCAUUAUACUUGGAGUGGGCUCAUUCCAAUGUUCUUAGCCCAAGUGCAACAUCUAAAAAUAAUGAAAUGAAUAGUCCAAUUGAUGAAAAUGAUGCCAAGCGGCUGAUAUUUGAGCAACACGUGGAAAAAAUAUCAGAUGUGGACAUUGAUCCAGACAGAGUAGAGGCUCAGUCCCUGCGUGUCAAGAACCUCAAUUUCAAGACAUCAGAUGAGCGUCUGGGGAAGCAUUUUACUGAACACAUAAAAGAGGGAAGAAUUUUGAGUUUCAAGGUGCAGAAGCACUUGAAAAAUGGGGAAAAAGUUUCUUCGGGAUAUGGAUUUGUUGAGUUUGACUCCACGGAGACAACUAAGAAUGUUUGUAGAGAUUUACAGGGGACUGUUUUGGACGGGCAUGCUCUUAUUUUACAACUUUGUCAUGUCAAGAAUGGCGGGCAAGUACGAAAGACAGUUGAGAAGGAUAAGAGUUCUAUAAAAUUGCUGGUAAGAAAUGUUGCUUUUGAGGCAACAAAGAAGGACUUGAGACAGUUCUUUAGCCUAUAUGGCCAGAUUAAAAGCUUAAGGUUGCCAAAGAAGUUUGGAAGUCAUAGAGGCUUUGCUUUUGUGGAGUAUGUUACUCAGCAGGAGGCACAAAAUGCUCUUGAAGCACACUCACGCACCCACCUGUAUGGUAGGCGUCUGGUGAUAGAGCGCGCGAAAGAAAGUGAUAGUUUGGAAGAACUAAGGACUCGAACAGCUGCUCAAUAUAAUGAACAAAAUGGAUUUCAAAAUUCUACUAAAUUAUCGAAGAAAAGGAAGCACAUGGGCAAUUUUGAUGAAGAAAAGGUGAAGUUUCAAAGGAUUGCUGAUUAG